CCAGCUGGCUGGAGACCAGACGGGAGGUGGCGCGCCCUGGAGGCUGCAAGAGGGAGGGAGGGAGGCCCGGCCCCCGCUCCCCAGGCCCUCCCGCCCGAGCGGGACUGCCAAGCGCACAUACACACACGCACACGCACACACAUUCGGGCUCCCUCCGGCGCGCACGCACGUAGCGCCCUGGGCAGACCAGCUCGGCGGCCGCCUCCUCGGACGCCCAGACGCCAGAGCUCUCAGACUCGGAGCAGGUCGUGCACCCGCUCCAGCCUUGCAGUUCCGCAAGACCAGCGGGACUCUUCUCACCGCCGCGCUCAUCAUCCUCGGAGGAACGGACUUGCUGACAGCCCUCGCGCUGUCCCCGGGCCGCCCCUGCGGCCGCUCCACCGCGGUCCCUGCCGUCCCGGGGCCGCAUCUCUCUCCAGUGCCUUGAGGGUUGAGCCAAGCAAACUUCGCGGACCUGCAGACGCCCGGCAGGGACCUCGCUGCGCCCCCCUGCACCUGGGUGGGCGCAGGGCGCUCGGACCUUCGGGUAUCGGGCUGCCUCAUCCGCGGCACCUGCUCGCCCCACUCCCUGCUUGCACGAGACUCUAGAGACACUGCCACUUCGCAAACUUUUCCUCCCCACCACCGAGCGGGUGCGAGGAGAGGAAAAAGGGUAAGGAGGUCCCGCUAGGCGCGCGCAGACCUAAGUGUUCCUCGUUGGGCACCACUGCCGGAAAGAUGGAGCCCACGGAAAGCCUGCCCUCGGGGCCGCCCGCCGGCCGCGCUCUAGAGUGCGUUCCCGCUUCUGCAUUUCCCGCGGAAAUAAGCGAAGAGGAGAGGGCAGAGGAGGCCGACCAGUACCCCGAGGAGCCGCCCUGCAUGGCCGUAGAAAGUGCGACGGGCUGCCUUGCCCGGGUCUGGCGCAGGGUGUCCGGGUUCCAGGAGAACUGGCCCCGGCGCUCGAGCAGCCUCAUGUGCCUGUCCGGUUCCCCAGGGGAGCGCGGGCCCGCACCUCCCCAGGCCGGCGAGCAGCCUCCGGGUAGCGGUGGCUCUGGCAGCCCCAGCGGAGGGGAACCCCCUGUGGCUCCUCAGUCGCCGCCGAAUCCCUGCUGCUGCUGCUGCCACAGCCGCUUUCGACUUGGAGGUGGCUUCGGAGCGCUGCGGUGGGACAGCUUGCUCCGGGCUCGGUCUUCCGGACGGCUCCCCCGCGCCCUCGCCUUGCUGGCGGCCAUGAAGAGGCAGAACGUGCGGACUGUGUCCCUCAUCCUCUGCACCUUUACCUACCUGCUGGUGGGCGCCGCCGUCUUCGAUGCCCUCGAGUCGGACCACGAGAUGCGCGAGGAGGAGAAACUCAAAGCCGAGGAGAUCCGGAUCAGGGGCAAGUACAACAUCACCAGCGAAGACUACCGGCAGCUGGAGCUGGUGAUCCUGCAGUCCGAGCCGCACCGCGCUGGCGUCCAGUGGAAAUUCGCCGGCUCCUUCUACUUUGCCAUCACUGUCAUCACCACCAUAGGUUACGGACACGCUGCUCCUGGUACCGACGCUGGCAAGGCCUUCUGCAUGUUCUACGCUGUGCUGGGCAUCCCGCUGACCCUGGUCAUGUUCCAGAGCCUGGGCGAACGCAUGAACACCUUCGUGCGCUACCUGCUGAAGCGCCUCAAGAAGGUCUGCGGCCUGCGCAACACCGACGUGUCGAUGGAAAACAUGGUCACCGUGGGCUUCUUCUCCUGCAUGGGCACGCUGUGCAUCGGGGCAGCCGCCUUCUCCCAGUGCGAAGAGUGGAGCUUCUUCCACGCCUACUACUACUGCUUCAUCACCUUGACGACCAUCGGCUUCGGCGACUACGUGGCCCUGCAAAACAGGGGCGCGCUGCAGAAGAAGCCGGUCUACGUGGCCUUCAGCUUCAUGUAUAUACUGGUGGGGCUGACCGUUAUCGGAGCCUUCCUCAACCUGGUGGUCCUCCGCUUCUUGACCAUGAACGGCGAGGAGGAGCAGCGCCUUGCAGAGGAGAGGGCCGCCCUGACCGGAAACUCGGGCGGCGCGGCCGACGACGUGGAGGAGGGGCGGCCGUCCCGGCGCAGGUACUGGCUGGCCUUCGCGGAUCUGCUGUCUGUGUGCACCUGCACGUGCUACCGCCCGCAGGAGGACGGUACCGAUCCCCCCGAGGCAGAGGCCGAGCAGGAAGCCGCCAGUACCAGUGCCAGUGCCAGUGCCAGGCUCAGGCCCCCCCCAUCCAUCUCUUCCAGGAUCGAGGAAAUCUCACCGAGCGCUUUAAAACACAGCUUCUUUCCGUCCCCUCUGAGCUCUGUCUCUCCCGGGUUCCAGAGCUUUGCCGACCACCACAGGCUGAUGAGACGUCGGAGGUCGAUCUAAAUAUGGAAGGGAAACAGGAAAGUCAUUCUUCAUAGCUAACAUUAAGUUCCAUUGGUCAAACUCGUCUUUUCUUAUUUAUUUAUUAUUAUUGUCAUCAUUACUUUCUCUCCUUUCUUGGUCUCUUGGUCUCAUUCUCUCUCCACCUUUCUACCCAGACAGAACAGGCCCAAGGGGAAAUAAAAGGCCCAUUCUCCUCUGAAACUCGAAUCUGAGCAUGGAUUUCUUCCCCCUUCCUGGCAGAGUAUGCCUUGUAUUUCUCCCCCAGCCUGCCCCAUCUCCAGGGUGGCCUUCCCAAGACAGGUGUGAGACCAAGACCACGGAGACAGCUGAGAGGAGACCCAACCCAAAGUUGCACACCAGGCUGAGAGUCUUCGGUUGCCUACCUGUAGUGGGGUUUGUGACCUGAUUCCUUUCUCCCCAGGGAGUGGGUGACUGUAUAGUGUGAAUGUGUGUUUGUGUGUGUAAUCUGACAAAAAUGGGAAGUUAUCAGGUAUUUUUCCCAGAACAAUUUUGCCAUAGGCUGCUUCAAAACAAAAAACCCAUGAGGUUUUUGAUUUACCAUCGUGCCAAAUAAAGCAUGUUUUACAAGCAGUCUUUAUCCAAGAUAGGGUCAAAAUAUAAUUUAGAAACUAGCAUUUAAAAAUAUGAAUAACAUUUUUUUAGGGGGUGGGCAGGCAAGACAACCUGGAUCAUUUUAGCUUGCCAGUUUAACAAAGUACCUGCUUUAAAAAAAUUUUUAAACUGAUAUGCAUUAUUAACACAAGAAAACAAAACUAGCAAUGGAAUAAUCAAAGCCAAUUAUGUUAAUUUAUUAGAGACAUUUUUAAUUUUAUCAUCUCUACUUCCACCACUUCCAACAAUUUACCGUGAAACUGGAAUUCUUAGGGAAACUGGAAAAUUGUUGGAACCACAGUAUCUAUUUCCCUCCUAGUGAUUCUGUGCAGCAUCUACCUGCAUGAAUAAGAAUUAGUUUUGGAAUGCUUGGAAGAGAGUGUCUAUUAUUGUGGAUGUGGUUUGUUAUUGUCCUAAUGAAAAGUGACAGGGUAUUCCUCGUUAAAAUAUAUAUUCUAAGAAAGAUUGUCUCUACUUGCAUUUAAUUUGUAAAUAAGCUCAUGUUGGUCUCAGGAAGAGUUUAGAGGCAAGGAUUUGUGGCUUGGCCUAUUGGGAACUAGCCAAUCUCAGGGGACAAUUUUGAGCAGUGUAGAAAUUCUUCCCCAUUCUGAAUAGGGGAAUCAUCCCAAAGGGAAGAGCUGCUAACCUCUUGAGGGGCAGUUUAGACUGUAGAAUAUAGUACAUGGGAGGCCCCUAGGUUGGUAGGAAUAGAGGACAGUUUGACCUCCCAAUUCCCAGAGGGGACUUUAAUUUCCCUCAUUACCAUCUCUGCCAUUUCUAAAAAUCACCCAUUCACCCAUCCUUCCACUCCCUUUUCCCGUAAACUGGAAGUUCAUGGCUCUUGGAUGGAAAUGGACUUGGCUGUAACUACUCAGAAGGAGCACGUUCACGGGCCUGUCUCAAGGCCCCAGCGAGAUCUCCCAGAAAGGAGGCUUUGCUCCCUAGAAAGAGUAGACCUACAGGAUUUCUUUGAGACAGCACCCGAACGAUAUUUGGGCCACUGGGCCGAAACGCAGGAGCACUCAAGACUCCUCUGAAAAGGCUGUGCAUGUACUUUAAUGCUACAUCCCUUGUUGAAAUUUCCCCUUCGUCUAGACCACAGGGCCUUCGAAGGAGUCUGCGAACCUCAGAUUCUCUAGGCCAAAGUUGACAGUUCUCCACCUUAAAGGAGAAGUAACUGCAGAUUCAAGAGAGGCGUCCAUGGAUGUUGGCUCUCACUGCCAAAGCCGGGCAAGGCUUCGGGAUUUGACUUCUCA